AUGCAGCGCAGUGUGAUUCGACUGGUGGGGCGCGGUGGCGCCUUUGCGUUGUGCGGGGCGCUGCGGAGUCAGACAGCCGCCGCCCCCGCCGCCGCGCCGGACCCGAAGGACCCGAAUGAAUUUACGAUGCAGCCGAUGCAGCCGCACGGGCGCUCCACGCACAUGUACGAGGCGAGCGCGAAGGGGGCCGAGGUGGGCGCCCGCAACGAGGCCGCCUGCAUGGACUACGAGGCCUUCAAGCCGCGCACCCUCAAAGGCAUGCUGGCGAUGCCGCACCUCGUCAACCUGCUCACCAUCACGCCGCUCUACUGCGCCCUCGUCUGCGUCGCCAGCGUGGCGUGGGGCAUCGUCUACUGGGACUUGUACUGCCGCCGCGCGUACGAGACGGUCCUCGUCGCCCGGCCGGAGUCGCUGCGUUGA